CAGCAAAUCAUUUGUUUAGCAGUGUAUGUGUGUGUGUGUGUGUGUGCAUUUCAAAUGAUGUUGGCACAAAGCGAAGCAAAUUUAUUUGCAUUUUUUAUGCGCAUACAGUAGCUUAACAAACUGUACACACAAACUCAGCUGCAUAUUGUGGCAUCUAUAUAUAAAGCGCGUGCCACACAUCAAAUAACAUAAACCAUUGGCAGCCAACAUGAAACACUUACCACUAAUAAGGAUGCCGCUGCUUUGCUGCCUCAUCAUUGCUGCGCUGAGUCUGCGUCUGGCGUCGAUUGAAGCUCAUGAGCAUAGCGAUGGAUUCAAACCAGAUGGUGAAAUCUUGCGCGUGCUUGUCAAUAACUCGGCUCAAAUCAAAUGCGAUGUGGGCUCCAGCUUGACCGAUGACAAAGUGCUGCUGGUUGUCUGGUACAAAAACAAUUUGCCCAUUUAUAGCUAUGACACACGUGGCGCCCACGCGGGCACGCCCUCCCAUUGGCGAGACGAGGAGGUGCUUGAGGAUCGCGCUGUCUUUCGCACGCACAAGGAGCCGGCGGAAUUGAUUAUAAAUCCAGUUAAGGAAAAGGAUGCGGGCAACUUUCGCUGUCGUGUGGACUUUAAGCUAUCGCAGACAAGGAACAGCAAUGUCAACUUGGAAGUAGUUGUCCCACCACAGCAGCCUGUCAUUUAUAAUGAGCGGCGCUUGCGUAUUGAUUCGCGAGCGGGUCCCUAUGAGGAGGGCGGCAGCUUGGAAGUCACCUGCGUCGUCUAUGGCGGCUCGCCACCGCCAACUGUUACUUGGCUCAUGAAUGGACAACUUCAGAAUAGCGUUGUGGACUACACAUACGACGGCGCCAUCAACAGCAAGUUGGUGGUACGCAACUUGUCACGCAUUCACCAGCAUGCGGUCUACACGUGUCAGGCGAGCAAUUUCCACAAGAAAUACGUUGCCACCAAUAUAACCAUUGAGCUCUACUUGCGACCGCUGCUGGUCGAAAUAAGCUUCAACAAUCAGCCCAUGUCGGCAGAUCGCAAAUACGAGAUUGAGUGCCAGGCGAUUGGAUCGCGGCCGCCAGCCAAAAUAACCUGGUGGAUGGGUAAUCUAGAGAUGCAUGGACAUAGUCAGAAGGUCUCUGAGGAUGGCAAUGUCAGCACUUCUAUUUUGACUAUAACGCCCACAAGGGAGGAUCAUGGCAAGGCGCUAUCCUGUCGUGCCACCAAUGAACUAGUGCGCAAUGGCAUACGAGAGACAGCAAUGAAACUGAAUGUGUUCUUUAUACCCACCUUACAACUGGACCUGGGCUCAAAUCUAAAUCCCGAGGAUAUCGAGGAAGGCGAUGAUGUUUACUUCGAGUGCAAAGUGCAUGCAAAUCCAGCCGCUUACAAAGUUGUCUGGAAACACAAUCAUCAAAUCAUACAGCACAACCAGCGUGCGGGCGUCAUCGUUAGCAGCGGCGACUUGGCGCUGCAGGGCGUCACACGUCAUCAGGCCGGAAACUAUACAUGCACAGCCUCCAAUGUGGAGGGUGAUGGCGACUCCAACAUCGUGGAGCUCAAAGUGAUGUAUAAACCAAUUUGCAGGCCCGAUCAAAAGAAAAUCUACGGCGUAGCACGCAGCGAAUCUGCCGAAAUCGUUUGCGAAGUUGAUGCUUUUCCACCACCCGAAAACUUCAAGUGGUCCUUCAACAACACCGCCGAGACCUUUGAUAUGCCACAAAGCGGCUUUCGACCCCACUCCGCACAGGGCUCCACGCUCACCUAUACGCCAGUUAAGGAAAUGGACUUUGGCACUAUCAUGUGCUGGGCCGACAACAAUGUGGGUCAGCAAAAGGAGCCGUGUGUAUUUCAUUUGAUAGCUGCCGGCAAGCCGGAAGCGCCAACCAAUUGCACCGUGGUCAAUCAAACGUCCGAUUCGCUGGAAGUCUACUGCAUUGAAGGUUUCGAUGGUGGCAUGCGCCAGAGAUUUCUCAUGGAAAUCUAUGAUCAGCAGAGCGGCAUACUCCAGGCAAACAUAACCGCCAAGUUUGCGGUGCUAAGUGUGACAGGCCUCGAGGCUGGACGCUAUUUUCGCAUGUAUAUCUAUGCAAUGAAUGGACGUGGACGCAGCGAGGCGGUGGCCGUGGAUGGCUACACGCUUAAAGCCGCUGAGAAGCAAACUGUUGCAUUGACCUCGUUCAAGGGCAGCGCACAGGGCGCCGGCAGCAACAACUUUGAGCUAACACCCAUUUUGUCAAUUGGCAUAUUUGUGGGCAUACUGGUGGCUUUGGUCUGCAUUGGCAUUGGAACGAUUGCUGCAUUGAAGCUGCGCUCGCAUAAGCAUCAGCAGCAACAGAAAUUUCAACAUUCUAAUGCAAAGUUCUCACGUCCGGGCAAUUUGCAAAUUAAGGAUAAAAUCUCAUUGCCAUUGAGUCACUCCGAGGAGAUGUACGACGAGAAGAAUCCCGAUGUGGUGCCAUACAGUGAGGUGGAUGGCGAAUAUAAACAAAAAUCAGCAACACAAACGCCAUCGGGACAUCUCUCAACAACCAGCGAAGCGGAAAUCAGCUGCAAGCCUGGCGCCACAGCUAACGCUAACGUUGGCAGCGCUGUGGGCGCUGCCGGCAACGCAGACAGCGGCACCUAUCAAAGUAGCAAGGACGAUGAGCUGCACUAUGCUGAGCUGGCGCUUAACAAUCCCAAUCCCAGCGGCAGCAGCAGCAGCGCCAAAAAGGCAGCACCAAGCAAUGCUCAGCAGCUGCCACAGCAGGCGCUGCCACAGCAAGCAGCCGCCGCCAUGAGCGGCACAUUGCCACACGGCUCCAGCAUGCGCAAAAUGCUACCAAACCUGCCGGCAACGGCCACGCUGCAGCGCCACAAGCCAAAUGCGGGCGGCAUGCAGCAUCCGCAUCAGCAUGCGCCGCCACCCACAUACGAUUAUUUCGAGGAGCCAACGAUAUAUGCACAAAUAGAUGCCUACAAGACACGCAGUGGCGUCGCUGCUGCUGCUGCUGGCAUACAGGUGGACACUGGGGGAGUGGCUGGGGUCUUUGGGCCAUGCAUUUCAUCGCCAGGAUCACAGGGUACGCCAUCGACAGUGUCGCCAGGCACGGUGCAGAUGUAUACGCUGCCUCCGCAUCCGGGCGGCUAUCACACUCUGCCGCACAAUCAUCAGCAGCACCAACAGCAGCAGCAGCAGCAGCAGCAACAGCUGCCGCACAGUCAGUCAAAGAUGCCGCACAGCUCGGCUUCAAUGAUGCAAAUGAUGCAGCAACAGUUGCAGCAUCAUCCAACUGGCAACAUGCCCAUGCCGCCAUCCUACCAGCAGCAUCAACAGGCGCAGCAGCAGCAGCUGGCGCAUGGCCAAAUGCUCGUCUCGAGCAACAGCAGCGGCUUGGCCUCCACUGCCGCCGUUGCCAGUCCCAGCAGCUCGCUCUCCGGACUCUCCGCCGUGGGCAAGUCCUAUUCGCGUGAGAUUGUCACUGUGCGCACACCGCUCAUGUAUUCGCAGCAGGAGAGCUGCGUCUAAAGCUCCAACUGCAACUCCAACUCCAACUCCAUUUGUAAAUGUCUUUGCGCUCCUUGAGGUUUGUGUCUAGGCUAAGCAUUGCCAAAAACGAAUUGAACUGUUAAAUCGCAAACUAUUUUAUGCAAACUUUGCCAGCAGCUAAUUUCCAUUUGAACUCAAGCACACACACAACUCUAAUGCAUGUUUAUGAAUGUCCUACAAGCUACUCCUAGCAAUAAAUGUAUAUUUUACAAACAGAAAACGCAGCCAUAAAUUUAACAAACUGUAACAAAUUGCUAAUCGAUAAUGAUUAACAUAUAUACAUACACUCUGAUAUAAGCAGCAGCAGCAGAAUUAAUGAGAUGCCGCAUGCACAAAAUAUUCGCAUGUAUUUUGAAUUUAUUGUUUUUUCCAUACGCAAGCCGCAAGUCUAGCGCAUAGGCUUUAAUUUCUGAACUUCAAUUGGAAAAUUAAUGGCCAAGUGACUUGUACUUAGUAGCUGUCAUUAAUUAGCAAAUAAUAUUUGUGAGUGUGUGCAUGAAUUUCCGUUGGACAAAUCAUUUUAAAUAUCAUUAUAGUGAAUGGUUCCUUCCUUACAGUAAGUGUACGUGUUUUUAUAUACGCAGCAAAUCAUAUGAAGCUAUUUUAUCAACUUUCUUUUGAUGGAGCAAACUAUUCAAUUUCGAAUUUGUAAAUGUCUGUGUAAAUUUCUUAAACAGCAGCGAUAACUAAAAAAAAUCACACAAUUUAUAGCAACUAAGCUCAAUAUGCGUAUACAAUUAAAAACAUUUUAGCUGUAGCUCUUAAAAAACAGAAAUCAAAGGCUCACACACAAAUACAA